GUUGAUUUGGGCACCUGACUAUUAUUUUAAGACGGACUUGAAAAAUUACAAAGCUGUCCUUUAAGGUUAUGAUGUAGGUUAACUAGAAUGUAUGCUGGAAAUCAACUCAUGUAAAAUUUCUUGAGUCAUGUGCCAUUCACCAUUUUUUGAAGACCACUGCCUUUUAGUGGGGGUCCUCAAAUAGAUUUUAGGUAAUGGGUUACAAUAACCUGUUUCACAAGUAUUAUUUGUGUUUACUGGUUGGUUAUUUAUUUGCAAGGGAUGGGACCGUGUCAAAACAUUGAAAUUAUGAGAGGAGAUGCUACACUAAAUGUAUUACAUCAGGUUUACAAGUAAUUAGCUGACAGUCCACCACUGCAGUCCACCACUGCACCAGACACAAACACAAACUCCCUGAAAAACUGACGAAAUACCUCAGAGAGUAUGAUAUUCCCUUAACUGAGAAGAAAACAUGUCAAAUUAGGAGCUAUAUUGCAUAGCAGCCUGUUCACACAUCCUUGAUAAAUAAUGAUGCCUCAAACCACAGAGGCAUUGCUCCAAUCAAAGGUGUAAAGAAAACACACCUUCUAACAUAAACACAUGAUAGUCUUCUCUCAUCAACACAUGAUGUAAUAGUUUGGGAAACAGCGAGUAGCCCUGUUAGUUACUUGGCCAAUUCAUUGCUUUGGGUGAAUUUCAAGACUGUAUUAGGCUGUUUUGCCUUUCAGUCACUUAUUUCAAAUUUACACAUCCAGAGUCAUGGACAAAGAAAGGAAAUGAACAACAGACCAAACAUGAGCUUGUUACAGGCAGCUGACUUACAGUACACUCAAAUCACGUUGAAAUAGCUUUGACUUCACACACCUGGACUAGUCCUCAAAUAAUUUCACAUGUUGCUGGGCCUCCAGAUAUUUAUCAUCAGUAUGUAGAUAGCUGAAUUUUAUCUACAUGUUGCUGAAAUAUAAGCUUACUUCUAUUUAGUGCUGAUACAGUUAGUCGAUUAAUUGAUUAGCUGAAUAAUAUUGACAACAUUUCCUGUUUCCAGCUUCUCAGAUUAUUAAUUAAGCAUCUUUGGGAUUUGGACUGAUGGUUAGACAAAACAAGCAAGUAGAAGUGUACAUUUUUUACAGUUUUCUGACACUUUAUGACAUUAAAUUAUUAAUCAAUUAAUAAGAAAAAUCAACAGAUUAAUCAAUGGAAGUUUUUGUUAGUAAUUCUUAGUUUUAUUUAGUUUUUGACGCGGUUUUUUAAUGUCUUUUUAGGUUAACUUUGGCAUAUCCAAACCAUCACUUUCCACCAUCAUUCACACCGAUGUAAUGUAGUAAUACUCUUGAGUUGUUCCAUUUCCAACAUGAAGAGUUACAUAUAUUGUAGUUUUUUUUUUUCAGGACAAAACAUAUGAUGACAUGUAACCACCUCACUUUGUAACUAAUAGCCUAUUGUUUUUGUGAAACUACAAAUUUGAUACACAAUGAUGCUGUAAGAAAAACAUACGGAGGCUGCUGCUGUCACUUAGCAUUUGGCUAGCAUAGUUUAGCAUUUCUUGUUACCCUCUGGUUUAAAUGGGGUUGAGUUUAGUUUAGACAACUAAAACUGCUUGGCUCAGGGUCAGUUCACCUAAAUCUAACUUAACUCAAGUGUAUCUCGCCAUUGUGGUUCUCGUAGUGUUGAAAAAUUACAUUUAAAAAUUUCAAGAGCAACAUCUCUGUCCAAGUAAUGGAAAUGGAUUAUCUGUUACUCUGGAUAAUCCACAGAACAUACGAUUAAAGAUGAUAUAAUGGCCUUUUUUGACUCAUUUUUAUAAAUACUGAGCCUAUUUUAAACGUAUCUGUGAGAUUUUAUUUACCAAAAGUUGUUUAGAUUUCUCUAAAUCCAUCUUUCCUUACAGCCCACAUUCCCCUGUCCUCCAGCAGACUGUUUCGGAAGCUAUUUACAUAAAAUUUUUAAUGAGCAACUUCUCCAGUUGGCUUGAGGUGUGGCCCGACAUUCACCCCUGGCCAACUGGAAUACUACCAAAUGAACAAUGCAAAUUCCCUUACCUCAUCUUUACCAGGAGUAAUGGCUGCAGCAGGAGACGUAAGACAGUAUGUAGCGGUCUAUGAACCACAGUCUGAUACUGAAUGGGAAGGGGAAGAACCUGCUAUUGCACAGUUUAGAUUUCAAAAUACGGUAAGAUUGUGUCUAAGUUUCCUAACAAAGUAAAAGUCAUAGCCAGAUGUCGCUAGCUUAGCUUUAGCGCAGAUAUUACACACAGUUAUUAUAUUCCUUUUGCUGAGUAACAGAAAGAAACAAUAUUCAUGAGUGUGCUUGUUUAAGACUUCGUCCAAAGAUUGAAGAUGAAAAAGUAGAAAAUCCUGCGGAGUAUUGAGUUUCGUUAAGCAGACAGUCAGCUAUAAAAUGUGUGGAACACACACACAACCACUUGCCAAUAACAGAGGGAAGAUUGUCUCCAAAAAUGAAUUUCAUAUAAAUUUCCAAUUGUAAGGCUGUUUAAUUGCAAACUCCCACUACAGAAAUUACGGCAGGGAUGGCUCAUGCUAAAGCUUCCUAGAAUAUUUGAUUUGACUUUCUGGUGUGACGUACUAAUGGGUUCCGCCUCAACACCGCUAACUCUUGAACUGCGAAUUUAAAAAUUUCAAAUAACUUAAAAAGACUGAGGAGAUAAAAUUGUGUAAUUUUACAGCACAGGAGGGCCACCACCAUCACCCCAAUUCAUCCCAAAGCUCAUUUUCUUGUUUUCCACAGUACUAGCCCUUUAAAGAGUUUUCAUGUCACCUAUUGACAAUAUAAACUGCUAUUUUUAUUGAGUAGACUCUAGUUUGGACUUAAUUCUAAUUGGGACCUCCUCAAAGUUAUGUGAUUUUGACUAGGCCAACAUGUCGGAUCCUCAAGUUCAGACUGAGAGAGAUGCAGUUACCACAGCACAGCAACGCCCAAGGGCAAGACAAGAGUAUGUAUAUGAAUACCUUUCUCCCCUGGUUUAUUGGUAAGUAUUGGUAUUGGUAAUAAGUUCCUUGUUACCUACAGUAUGUUUAAUAGGAAGGAUGCUAUGAGGUUCAGUGAGUGGCAGGCUGGGAUAGAAUCUUACUUGCCGGCACAGGGUCUAGGAAUGGUCCAAAAUAUAGAUUUUGUGUUAAAUGUGCUAGAGGUUGAUGCUAAAAGGGAAGUUUUGCUGCUCCAAGCAGUUAAUAGGAAUUCAGACAGUAAGAUAUUUGAUGUCCUUGCCAAUUAAUAUCAGCCACCUCAGUCCAUUGCUUAUAUAAGGAGUCAGUUUUUUAGUUGUAAACAAAAAGCAGAGGAAAGGGUGGGGUCAUUUAUACUCAGGUUUCAGGAGUCUCAUGAUUAAUGGGUGUCUGCAGACCUGGUGUCACACUAAGAGACCAGUUUGCCUUAGCCCUAUAACCAGGCCCAGACCAGCGACAGAUCCGACAGACACCAGGGACGUUUGUGCAGGCUUGUGCAUAGGCCCUCGAAAAGGAGUUGCUUAGGCAUGGGGACGUAGGGGUCAUUCACACUAAUGAAGAAGCUGUCGCAGUCCCAACAGUUGGCCCAUCCAGCAACCUCUACACCAACAGUGUGCCCCCAGCCAGAGCUCAAACAGCUCAGAGACAACUUAUGGACUGAAUUACAACACAACAUCACAACUCAGAUGUCAGCAACGGGGAACUUUCUAGUAAAGGAGAUAAAGGUGCAGCUGGCUGGAAUGGUGUCAAGCCCCCAUCAAUCAAUUGCACCCCCAGUUACACCUAUUGUGACAGCUCAGCGCCCCUGAAGAACACCAUCCAUCUCCUCCUAUGAACCCUGUGGGUUUCAGUAGGAUGCCCAAGGAAGGCCAAUUUGUUAAAACUGUUGAGAGAUGGGUCAUGUACAAAGGAACUGCCCAAGUCAACAGCCCAGGUAGGCAGUUUUUCGGGAUCUUCGACUGCUGUAGGGCAGGUGGCCAAUGAACAAACCCAACCAGCACCUCCUGGGAGGCAGGUAUUCGUUGGGAAAUGCCCUGAAGUAGAAGUUGUUUUGACAGGUAAGAGAAUUCCUUUAGCUGGACACAGUAUCCCCUGUGACCUCUUUUGGGCCGGUCUCUCCUUCAGGAGAUCCAUGGUGAUGAGUCAAUGGAGGAUGCAAAUGAUAUCCCCCAUUUAUCAUUACGAGCAGCUAAUGGCCUCAGAGUAUCUUAUGUGGGGUUUGUAAUUCUAUACUUUAGGAUCAGGGGCAUAUAGGUAGCAGAGAGGAGUCCCUGACAUGUCUGAAAGAGUCUCUGUGGUAGUCCACAUUGGACCUGACAAGUGGGUAUUAGCAGAUGGUAGAUGGGGACAAAUGGGAGUGUAUGGAGAGGAAAAAGGGGAGGGUAAAAGGAAGUAUGAUGGAAAUGAAGAAGAUGAGAGUUAAAUAACUGAUGUCAUGAAGAAGUGAAUCAGAGGGCUGCUAGACCUCAUCAGGUCAAAUCUAUAGUCACUGCCUCUGAUGAUGCUAGUGACACUGGAACAAGCAGAGCUCUGCACCCUUCCCCGCAACACCUCCUGCAUGUCAAUGCCUGUUUCUCCCAAAGCCAUGCUCAUCAAAACACUGCUGUACUGCAUCGCUCUGCUCACCGUGACGCUCAACCUGUUGGUUUUAAUCUCCAUCUGUCACUUCAGGCAGCUCCACACCUCCACCAAUGUCCUCCUCCUCUCCCUGGCUGUGUCUGACUUGUUUGUGGGCCUUGCACUGAUGCCAACUGCAAUCGCCACGCUGCAGUCCUGCUGGAUCCUGGAUAAAAUCACAUGUGCUCUCUGGAUCUUGUUUAGCUCUAUCCUUACAUCCUCUUCUAUUGGAAGCAUGGUGCUCAUAUCAGUGGAUCGUUAUGUGGCCAUUUGUGCCCCUCUGCACUAUUCUUCCAUGAUAACGCAAAGAAGAGCUAAAAUCUGUGUGUCUUUGUGUUGGAUCUGUUCUGUUAUCUACAACUUCACAAUACUAAAAGAUCACUUGUCCCAAACAGAUAUGUUAAAUCCCUGCCCCCAAGAAUGUAUACUUAUCAUAAGCUACAUAUCAGGGGCAGUAGACUUUAUUCUGACCUUUUUCUGCCCUGUUACUGUCGUCAUAGUUCUCUAUAUGAGAGUGUUUGUGGUGGCUGUGUCACAGGCACGUGUCAUGCGAUCUCAAAUUGUAGCUGACAAAUCAAGAACUCUGAUUGUAGUUGCAAGGAAAUCUGAGAUGAGGGCUGCUAGAACUCUUGGCAUUGUCCUACUUGUGUUUAUACUUUGUCUCUGUCCAUACUACUCUCCUUCUCUAGCAGGACAGGACAACACAGUUGAUGGUUCAUCACCUCAAGUUUGGCUUUUUUUUUGUAACUCCACUUUAAAUCCUCUGAUCUAUGCCUUUUUCUACCCCUGGUUUAGAAAAGCCAUUAAACUCAUUGUCAGCCUUCAAAUACUGCAGCCAGGUUCCUGUGAGGCCAAGAUAAUGUAGAAAAUAGCCAUAUACUGUAUAUAAACUGGCUCAUUUUAUUAAAAUGAAUUGAUUGUAAUUGAAGGUGAAGUAAAUUUGUUUUGUUUUGUCAACUGUACACAUCAGCUCAGAGUAUUUUUUAAAGAACACAGUGAAAGCACAGUGCUGUGACAUCCAGUAAAUAUAUUAACUUGGGAAAGAUAGCAAAAAGAGGUAUAUUGAGAAUAUAAAAUAUAUUUAAAAACAAAUAAUUUACCAGUGUAGAUGAUGGAGUUUUAACAGCCUGUUUAGAAACUACUGAAUAGUUAUUCUUACAGUUUAAUCUUACUGUUUAAAAAUAGAACUAUAUCUGCUGUAUAUAUCAUGAAUGAGGUUCUGUAGUUGCCUAAAUAUCGCAAAGAAAAAAGAAAAAUGCAUGAUUUGGCUAAAGUCUACUGAAUGGCCAAAUAUAAUGAAUGUCAUUAUUUGUGUAAUUGAGGCUUGUGUUAUCAAUAUACUGUAAGUUGUGCAUGUGUUAUACAGGCACCUGUAUAAGUAUGGCAUACAAAAAUGACUUGAAAAAUAUGACACUGCUGUCUUUAAUAUGCAAUUAUGUUAUGUCUUUUCCAAUUUUCUAAAUGUGAUGAUGUGUGAUGAAAUGUGAUUAUGUAGAAAAGAA